AUGUUCGGGGUGCUCUUCCCCAAUCGCAGCUUCCCUCUGGACGUGUCGCGUUUCAAGCAGGUCGACACCUUCCAUUGGGUGCUCGAGAUGAACAUGUUUGUAGGCGACGCGUACGACCAGGUGAAGGAGAUCUGCAUCUUUCUGCUCAACGAGGCCGCCCUGCCGCCAGGCCAGGCGCUCGCCGUGUACGUGCAGUCGCCCGGCUCGCCCUUCGAGUACCGCGGCGCCGUCCACCUCGGCUGCCCCUCCGCCGUCCUCCCCCUCCUCUGGCCGGCCGCCGUCGCCCCUACCGGCGCCGUCCUGCCGGCCUUGCCGCCCGGCGGCGUCCCCCCGACGGCGCAGAUCGGCAUUUCGGUGGAGCCGAUGGCGUCGCUGCCGCUGCAGAGCGUGGGGUGGCAGCGGCGCGUGGAGGAGAUGGCGCUGAAGGUGGGGCAGAACCUGUUCAACUACAUGCAGUCGUUCAGCACCGUGCAGGGUUCCAUGCUGCUCGUCCCCUCCGAUAUCCUCGACCGCUGCCCUGCUCUCAUCGCCAUCCCCCAACCCUGCGGUCGUCUCACUCUCACCUCUCAGCCCGACAAUCCCAUCCUACACUCCGCUCCGCCAGCCCCCCCUGCAGACUUGCUCAACCCUCCCUCCUACUGCUGUCCCUCUCCCGUGCAACCUCACUGUCCCACUUAUGCCAUCAUUGCUCGCUCGUGUGUCAUCUCAUCACACCUGUCAUUGCACCACGCACUGGGCCUCGGGCCCUCGGCCCAUCCCUUCCCCACCUUCCGCCACGCCAGCCAUCGUUUCAUCUGCCACUACUUUUCUCAAGCGCUCACAUGCACAUCAGAAUGCGCUCACAUGCACAUCAGAAUGCGCUAA